CUCUGCUUCAGCUGUGGGCACAGGAGGCAGCACUCGGGACAGUCUCCAGCAUGGCCUGGUCUCCUCUCCUCCUCACCCUUCUCAUUCACUGCACAGGGUCCUGGGCCCAGUCUGUGCUGACGCAGCCGCCCUCAGUGUCUGGGGACCCCGGACAGAGGGUCACCAUCUCGUGCACUGGGAGCAGCUCCAACAUUGGAGGUUAUGAUGUAUACUGGUACCAGCAGGUCCCAGGAACGGCCCCCAAACUGCUCAUCUAUGACAAUAAUAAGCGACCCUCAGGGGUUUCUGACCGAUUCUCUGGCUCCAAGUCUGGUACCUCAGCCUCCCUGACCAUCACUGGGCUCCAGACUGAGGAUGAGGCUGAUUAUUACUGCCAGUCCUAUGACAGCAGCCUGAGUGCUCACACGGUGCUCCAGGCCCGGGGGAAUCUGAGACAAGAACCCCCUUCCUCCUCUGCCAGGAGGAGGCCUGAGGGAGCAGAGUUGCUCCCCAAGACCUGGACUCCUCCUCUCAUCGCUCUCCUCACUAUAGCUAUGGCCAGAAACAUUUAUUUCUAUGUGCCCAGGACAGGGUUAGAGGGCACCAACCCCACCCCUUGCAAACUGCUCAUCACCUCUCCAUGCCCCAAUGAGGAGAAGAAAGAGUUAGAAAUCAGAAGCCUACCCAAGGCUCCCCUCUCUCUCCUCUCUCCCAGCCACCCCCUGGCUUCCUCCUUCCACAGAAAUAAAGAGGAGGCAGCCACAGAGGGCAAGGAGAGGCCCAGGCAUUAUACUAGGCAGCAGAGCGAGGCAUUCUUCCCAGAUGAUGGUGGGAGGUGA